AUGCCGGGUACCUCAGCUAGUUUCGGGAUGACCACACCUCAGACAGUUCCAGGAAAAGUCAUGGUUAUUAUUUAUGGAUUCCUAGGGUGUUCAGGAGCUUUCCUCUUUUUCAAUCUCUUUCUAGAACGAAUUAUUACCUUUCUGGCUUUCGUCUUACGAUCUAUCCAUGAGAUAGAGCUACGACGCAAGGGUCAGUACCCUAAGCAAAGGCGCGACUCGCAAGCCUCUUUGGAUGACCAUUUGGACAGUUGGAAACCGUCUGUGUAUUGGGUGAUGUUGUACUUGUUUCUCACAAGCAUACUUUUGGCUGUUUGCGCCUCAACACUAUAUGCUCCCAUGGAAGAGUGGAGCUACUUUGAAGCAAUUUAUUUUUGUUUUGUCGCCUUCGCCACCAUAGGUUUCGGAGAUUACGUAACCAGUCAACGAUCAACCUAUCAGAAUGUCGAGUUCUACCGACUCGCAAACUUCUUGUUCUUGGUGUGUGGGUCCUGUAUCAUGUACAGCUUCUUCAAUGUUACUACCAUAGUCAUCAAACAGUUUCUUAACUGUAUUAUCAAAAAGUUAGACUGUAAUUGCAAGUGUAGGAAGAAGACUAAAGGCAAGAACCGACAGAACGUACAGCGUGGACGUAGGAAUGCUAUAACCCUUGGCCAGAUGCGACACUCCAGGAAAUCCGCAUCUGUUCCAGAAUGUGAUGACCUUGAUUCUACGUACGACAGUGAUGACGAUCGACGUAACUCAGAUGAACUUAUUUCCAUGCAAGAAUUUAUGAAGUCCAACAAAGUAUCACUAGCCGUGAUGCAAAAGCAGUUGCAUGAAUCAGCAAUUAGAGGACAGCAGGCGCUUCUAGCAUCUUUGCGCGUUAGUGAGAACGAAGAUGAAAUAAAACCUGGAACAGUUGGGCCUCUGGCUAUUGCCUCUAGAAAACUCGAAGGGGAUUUAAUUUGA